AUGAAUGGAGGGAUGAUUAAUGCCACACAAGUGUUAACUAAUGUAAUUUUGUUUUUUCUUGGAAUUCCUAGAGAAAGCAUACAUAAGAAUGAUAGAAAGGAAUUAUAUGUAGAAACUGUUUGUUUUGCCAUCCAAGAUGGAGGUGUCUUUGCAAAGGAAGCUUACAAAGAGAUGCACAAAGUUUACGAUCUGACUCAGCCUUCGACAUGA